CAACACCACUGCACCCAGCUAUGCUUCGUUCUGCAUUCGACAACAUCCCAGAGUCAAUCAUCGACCAAAUUAUUGGCGAAAUAGUGGAUACUAUGUGCUUUCGCGUUGGCCAGGAGCUGUUUGAUAUUGGCCCGAUACGCAUAUACUCAGAGAUUUCCAGCCAUGAACCAGACGUGGAGCAGAAUCAUUGAUAUGAAGAAGAGUUCGUUCGCGUCAGUAGAAUUUACUGUAGGCAGAAGCCUUGGCCCGACUAUUCCUGCUACAUGGCUUCAGUACAAGUUGGAAGAUGUCAUUGCCAAAAGGCAUCACGGUCUACUGACGUCGCCAGGCUCUUGUAAACAACAUCGAAACCUUUGCCGAAUGCUUCAUGGCCAUGUGUUCCCAUCUGUGCACAGCAUCUCAUUGUGCAUCCGCAUUGAUGCAGCUAGGCGGCCCGAUUCCAAGAAUAGUGCUUCUGAGGCGAUUACCAGAGCAAAUAUUGAGAGGCUAUCCUCAUCGCUUAAUGCAGCCCUGUCAAUGUCAUUUCCAAAGGUGCGCUACCUGCAAACGGACCUGACGGAUACCUCAAAAACCCCUAGGAACAUAUUCUUAUCAGGGAUCGUUGAUGCAUAUUCGCAUACGCUUAGACGGCUGUCGCUCUUUGACCAGGUCACCAAGGCUAUGGCUCGCAGGCUAGAAUCCAUACCCUUGCAAUUUAUCGAAAUCAGCGCGGAUUCUUUUGGAGGUAAAGAAGUCGAGCUAGUUCGUCGCAGCUCACAGACCCUCCAGAUUUUGCGUAGACAGUCCGGCUAUAUGGGCAUCCCAAAGCAGAUCCUCACCAGCGAUGCCGGGAUCCCAAUAAUCUAUCCUAACCUGCACCGGCUUGAAGUUGACACUCUACCUGAUCUCGACGAUAUUGGCGGCCCUGUCUCCGCUUACAAAUGCACAGUGCAUCAUUUUCCGCGGCUGAAGUACUUUCAGUCAAGCAAUGGAAUCGCACCAGAGAUAGCCACCGCGGCUCUAGCUGCAGUAGACACCCUCCGCUACCUCUCGUUUGAGCAUGACGAUGAAUGCUAUCGACAUCUAAGGGAUCGUAUUUCGACGCCGCAAGGGCUAUUCUCAGCGCUCCAGCACUUGGGCACCUCAGCACCUUUUCUCUGCAUUGGAACUCAGGCCCAGUAUUUCUCGUACGACAUCGACCACAUUGUUUGCGAGGGAGCGCUUUCAGCGCUUUCGCUCAACCUGCCCGACCUCCGUAUCCUGAAGGCAAGUCGUCUGGAGAUGGGCAUUGCAGAUUUGCUCUACUUGGUCAACCAAUUACCGGCGCUGUACCAUUUGACUCUGCCGUAUAGCAUGGACAGAAUCCUUAGUCGCUGCCCCGACGAACUCACGGACGAGAGGAUCUCGGGCAUCCGCGAGGAGUUGCCUGCUAUACAAGCGUCUCGGCUUCAAAAGCUUACUCUGACGGAUACCUGCGGCAUUGACAAUAAUCACCAUAGGGUGCUUAGGACAAACUGUCUACUAGCCAUCGCAUUCACAAAACUUCCUCUGUUGGCCACAGUCAUAAUGGAAGUCCAUCGUAGGUCAGAAUUCCCUGAGACAGCGCUGAGCCUUGACUGCUUCGUCCAUCGCCCAAUAUUCGACGACAGCUCGCAUAUCCGCCAGAUUGAAUAUAUUGGGUUUUGA